AUGGAUUAUCCCCCGGCUUUUGCGGCUGAUCCGUUUUCUAGCCAGACCAUGUAUCCCACCUCUGCUUAUCGCUAUUCCAUUCCACCCCCGACCGCCGUAUACUCGAGCAACCCCUAUCCCCCCUACAUGACGGCCAGCUCCUCGGCCGCCAGCGUCCCCAUGCCACAAGCCCAAGCCCCUGCUCCUGGACCCCCCUCACUGCACCAUCCCUAUUCCGGCUUUGGCACCGUACCAGGCGCUGCUGCCGCUCCCGGUGCUCCUGCUGCCGCGGCAAUGCUCGGCUCGGCUAGCAUGGGUGCGCCCCCCGCCAGCCUGCCACCCAACCAUCAUCUGAUGCGUGGUGGUCCAGUGGGUCCUCCACCAGGCCAUGGCGAUCCUACUCAACCCCUCUCCACCACCAACAUCUACAUCUCCGGCCUCAAGCCUGCCACCACGGACGAAGACCUGAAACUCCUUUGCCAAUCCUAUGGCCCCAUCAUCUCCGCCAAGAGCAUCAUCGACCGCAAUUCAAACCUAUGCAAAGGCUAUGGUUUUGUCAUGUUUGAGCGCGAGUCGUCAGCCAAAGCCGCCCUGACGGGCCUUACCAAUAUGGGCGUGCAGGCUGCUCACGCUCGCGUGAGCAAGGCACAGCUUGAGAUUCAGGGCCGCAUCCCGAUCGACCCGACCAACCUCUACAUUGCCAACAUCCCUUACGGCAUGAAGGAACAAGAUCUGGCCGAUACUUUGGUGCGCGCCGCAACCGGUCGCGGCGAGGUUCUCUCGUGCCGUGUUCUCCGCAACGAAUAUGGCCAAAGCCGAGGCGUCGCCUUGGCUCGCAUGGACUCGCCCGACGCCUGCACUGCCGUCAUUCGCAACCUGAACGGACUGCCCCUGCCCGGUGCCCAUGAGCCUCUUCGUGUAAAGCAUGCCAACGGCCCCACGGCCCGUCGCUACAAGUUUCUUCAAAACAAGGGCGCGCCCACCUCUUCAGCCAUGCAGGGUGAACCGUCCUCCGAGGAAGAAUUGCGCGAGUACUACCGCCGUGCGCGCCAGGCCGGUUACACCACCGGAGACGCCCGCACUGAAGAGAAACCCUACGACUCGGAGGCCCUCAACAACACCCGCAACCGCCGUGGCAGUGGCAACGGCCCAAACUACCACUCAAGCAAUUCCGUCUCCCCGCACGCCUCCUCUGAACGGGAUCACUCUAGCUCCAGUGCCGCUCAUCCCGGCGAGCCAGCCAGAGGCCUCACCGUUGAACGCGGCUACCGUCGCUCCCACAGCUGUGAAGAACCCUUGAUUCACACCCCCUCGCUCAUUUGGGCCGACGGUGGCCGCUCUGCUGACGAGGGUCUCAAGGAUCUUGUCGACCACUUGGACAACAUGGGCCUCAACUCAACCUUGCCCCACCAAAUCGGCACCAAGCACCAUUUCCCCAAGAAGCAGCGCAGCUUUGAUGAUGCCUGGCCCACCCAUUUCACCCAGGGCCACGAAUCGUCGUCCUUGGGCACUUUGGGCGAAGCAACCGACUCCAUGAGCUCGAUGGAGAAGAAUGGCAUGCCCUUGGUCUUGUAA